UCUAAUGUUUUUAAAGGAAGUUAGUUCAGUUUGUUUGCUUAAUUGAUUUAUACUUUUUUGUUGUUAUCUUUAAAACAGAGCAAAGAAGGAGAAUUUUCUAGUUUUUUUCAGAUUUAUAAUGGAAAACGUAGCAAAGGAAGAAGAGAUCAUAGGUUCUUCAUCUUCAACACCUUUGUCAAAUCACAAGAAGAACAACACUUCGUUUGGUUCACGCUUGAAGAAGAGUUGCUUAUCUUUUGCAGUUUCCUUACAAGAAAGUUUCAGAUAUGUGAAAGCUUCUUUUGUGGGUCAGGCAAAGGUUAUUACUGCAAAGAAUGAGAAGGAAGCAAGUGAAGCUGAACUUGAGGCUUCCAAGAUGCAGGUUGAGGCUGCUGAUGCUGCUGAAGAUGCCAAGAACAAAAUCAAUAAAUCCGCCUAAUUUUUCCUUCUAGUGAUGCAUAAGGGAAGUUACAGAAUUACAUCAAGGUGAUCUUAAUUGACUAUGUCAAAAUUUUAUUGAGGAGGCACAGUUUGGAGAAAGAAAUUAGGAAGGUAGAAAACAAAAAUGUCUUUUUGUAGCUCCAAAAUAUCUUUUUCUGGUUUUGAUAAACAUGAAGUAUAGUUGUUUUUUCUUUUAAACUUUAAAUGAGCUUAUAUUGUACUGUGAUCAUCUUAUUAGGAUUUGAUUACCCUGUUUGUAAGUCUGUUUGACUUGUGUAUAGUCAUUUACAAAAAAAAAAGUAGGGUGAUUGAAAUGGGUCUUUUGAAAUGCCUGCAAUUUGUAACCAAAUCAAAGUCCAA